AUGUUCCUAUUCCUAUUCCUAAUCGGAUUCUCGAAUUCGGUGCUUUUCGGAAGCGUUCCCGAAAAAUCGGAAAUUUCAUCGCAGGUCACAAUUUUUGCCAAGUUUCGCGGGGGAAAUGAGGUGAUUUGUGGUGGAGUGAGGGUUUCGAAAUUGCGAAUUCUGACGGCGGCCCAUUGUUUAAAGAAGGCUGCUGGAAAUGCGGAAAUUGUGGAGAUUCAGGAAAUUGCGGGAAGAAGUUAUUGGACCAAUGCGUUUGAGAUUUUAGAGAAUGACAAAGCCAUUCUCCACCUCAAUAAUCUUCUUCACAACACAGAAAUCGCAAAACCUUCCCCAAUCCCAAAUAAUUUCGCCAAAACUUGCUAUGCAGCUGGCCGGGGAAUCGAUGAAAGUAACAAAUAUCCAGAGCUCCCAAGAAAAAUCGAAAUCGAUCUGAAAUUCAAGCGAAAUCAGACGUUCGCCAUCUCAAAACUAUCAUUCCCGGAAACCCAGGAGGAACCUCGAUUUUGUAUGGGUGAUUCGGGAAGCCCGGUUUAUUGUCGUGUCAAAGAUCAAACUGUUUUGAUUGGGAUUUUGUCGAGUAUUGGAAUCGGGAAGCGAGAGGCGAGAACGAAGAAGGCACAGAUUUUUGGGGCGAAAACCAUGGCACAAAAAUGUGCCAAUUUUCGGUAUGCCAUGAUUUCGAGGGUUUGA